UCCCCAGCUUUUGGCACUAAGAACCUUACACCUCGAAGGAAUGAGGACCAACGUUCUAACGUCAAUCAACAUUCGCAAGCGGUAUUCAAUUAUUCAAGAGAGCUGCAAAUCUUCCCAGCAACUGAUUAGUUAAUAUGCAUUGUCAUUUCAGCAGCACCGUGAUACGAUCGAAAAAUCAUGACCCCAUCUGCAGCCGCUUCGUACAUCAGAACGGUGGAUUGUGUCAAACAUGAAGCUUCUACCGAUUGGCAAACUUUGCAUACUAUCUGUUCGUCGGGUGACGUCCCGUACCCGAGAGUAUUGGUCAAACGGCCCACCAAAUGAUUGCUUCAAAAUGUUGAACUUUUUGCAACUGUUGGCAGGAAACAUUCAAUUUGUCGAGCAUUGGUGGUCGAAGGAUUUCUACUGGAUCUUCAAAAUUCUGCUGUUGUAUGCAUAUGUUGUAACAAUUAUAAAAACGGUAUUCGAAUUCAUUGUGAUGCCAGGUUCACUUGUCAGCAUCUGGUGUGGUUUGAUGACAUUGGCAUUCACUCGUUGUUUAAUCAACGGAUAUCUACUGCAACGUUACAAUCCACUUGUAAAGGAUGUUCUAGAUUAUGUAAGCAAAAAGCCACCGCAUUCGGAGCGACUGCGGUUCAGAUCAAAGGUUUUAAUGAUAAUUCAAAUCAUGCUGACAAUUGUGUUUAUCAAUCAAAUCAUCAUGCUGAUACCCAGCGAGCAACGAGAUAGAUGGUUCAGUUUCCCUUCGUUGAGCUCUGUGAUUGGUCAUAAACUAGAAGCAAUCCUGUUUUUCGUAUAUACUGCAACGCUAUCGAUCAUCGGAGGACUAAAAUACUGGAGUUGUGCCGCUACCGUCACUACAAUGGUGAUGGGAUUGAAGGUUGAGUUGACCAUUUUAGUCCAAGAGUACGAAGAUAUACUAAGAAACGUACAAACGGGAUACAAUGUAGCGCUGGGCGAUCGAAUGGCAUUUUUGAAUGAUCUCACUGCUGAUAUUUAUGAUAUUUUCAGAAAACAUCAAGAGAUAACAGAAAAGACCAAAUUGAUCAGACCAUUACUAGAGGCUGGGUUCUUCGUUCUGUAUUACUGCUUUUUGCUAGCGGUUGGAUCCCUGCUGUAUGUAGUGAUGGAGGGUGGCAUUUCAGCAUCUUCAUCCAUAAUUGCGCUAGGAGGUGUUGGGGGAUUGAUAGAGUGCUAUUGGUGGACUAGCAUGGUUGAUUCCAUGCAAGAAACGAACGAAAAAUUUGGUGAUUGUAAUUUUGAACUACUGGCUAACCUUGGAUGUGAUGUACAUCAUCGAUCGGAAAUUUCGAAACUACGAAACAACCUUAUGAUAUUUUGGAUCAAUACAUGUACUGCUCAACCGAUCAAAUGCAUGGGUAUGGUAAGUAUAUCGGUUUUAUCAGUGGUGAACUUGGUUAACAACAGCUACUCAAUGCUGACAUUUCUAAUCGAGAUGGGAUCAAAAAGGAAUGUCAAUUAAUAAUUAAACACGUUAGUAUUGUAAUACUGCGGUGUGGCAUUUUGAUGAUAAUAAAACACAAUUGGUCAAAAUAUGGCGAAUCAAUGUCUCUUAACUAUCUAUCAAUGUGAUUUUUAUAUACUUGUUUAUUCAGAUCCUCAUAUUUGUACAAACUUAGGUUACGAAGUUGUUUAGCUCAAUAUUUCUACAUCCACGUCGAAUUGUACCUUCGUAUUUUUGGUAUUCGGCAUUCUUGUAAUAUGCCUUGCCCAACGUAUCCUUCCGGCUUUGGCAGUCACAGUUUUAUUCUGAGUGUAGAUAGUUGGGUAAAUAGGAGCCAUGGGCAAGUAACAUUCCACCUGACUCAGGACCUUCCGGGCCAUGGUUGCUUCUGACAGUAUCUACACCGUUUCAGUUAUACGGGUUAUCACGAAUGUCUCGUUUGUGCUGAUUUAG